GGUUUUUUUCUUAUUGCCCCGCCGGCCUCACACUCUCCUCUUCUUUGCUCUUCGCAGAGGAGAGAGAAUAUCCCCCCUCCCAAAAAAACAAACAAUAAAAAACCUCUCUUUCUCUCCCUACCAAACCCUUCUCCCUUUAUCUCUCUUUCGUGAUUCAGCUUUUGCUGCUGCUGCUACUAUCAUCACUAGCAGCACCAUCUGUUACUCUCCUUUCCUUUUCUUUCUUUUUUAUUGGACAGUGGAGAUUCAAAUUUAAAAACUAGUGAAAGAUCGAGUUAUGCAGCAAGGUGAUCAGACGGUGUUAAGCUUAAGACCUGGUGGCGGUCGAGGGAGUAGACUCUUCAAUCCUCGCUUGGAGCAGUCAUCAUCUUCUUCUUCUACAUCUUCCUCCAUUUCUCUUGGUGAUCUCCCUCACUUGCGUCCUCGUGGCGGUGCUCCUUUUCUGAAGACUGGAGACUUGCGGUUCGAGGGUCGUGACCAUGUGCAGUACACUAGAGACCAGCUGUUGCAGCUUAGAGAGGCUAUUGUAAUCUCUGAUGAGAUUCUAAAAAUCAAACAAGAAAUUGAAGCUGAGUUUUUUGGCGAAGAUCAGAGCUGGAGUCGUGGAGAAACCAAUCCUCCAACUCAAUCUCAGAGUCGUUAUUCUGAGCCAGACAAUCGUGAUUGGCGUGGUCGUUAUGCACAUGCUCAAUUUUCUCCAUCUGGAGAGGAGAGGUCCUGGGAUUCUAAUCGAGAAAAUCGGGACUUUGGUGGGAGAUAUGACUCCAGGCAGCAAGAAGGCAAUCAGUCUAAUCGUCAAGACCAACUCAACUCCCAAUUUUCGAGAGCACAACUCUCUUCUAAUCAGGGAGGACCUGCUCCUGCUUUGAUCAAGGCUGAGGCGCCAUGGUCUGCCAGAAGGGAAAAUCUUUCAGAGAAGGACCGUGUCUUGAAGACUGUAAAAGGUAUACUGAACAAGCUUACCCCUGAGAAGUUUGAUGUUCUCAAGGGUCAACUUAUCAACUCUGGAAUUACAUCAGCUGAUAUCUUAAAGGGUGUGAUAUCACUUAUAUUCGAUAAGGCUGUUCUGGAACCCACAUUCUGUUUCAUGUAUGCACAGCUGUGCUCUGAUCUUAAUGAAAAGCUCCCCCAAUUUCCAUCAGAUGAACCUGGUGGGAAAGAUAUCACAUUUAAGCGGGUACUCUUAAAUAUCUGUCAGGAGGCAUUUGAGGGUGCUGAUAAACUGAGGGAGGAAGUAAGGCAGAUGACAGGUCCAGAGCAAGAGCUUGAGCGUAGGGAUAAGGAAAGACUGGUCAAGCUUCGCACUCUUGGAAACAUCCGUUUGAUUGGAGAGCUUUUGAAGCAGAAAAUGGUUCCUGAAAAGAUUGUCCAUCAUAUUGUUCAGGAGCUUCUAGGGCAUGAUAAUAAAGUUUGUCCUGCUGAAGAAAAUGUUGAGGCCACAUGUCAGUUCUUUAACACCAUUGGUAAGCAGCUUGAUGAGAGCCCAAGGUCACGGCAUAUAAAUGAUGUGUACUUUGGUCAAUUGAAGGAACUGUCAUCAAAACCCCAGUUGGCUCCUCGACUGAGGUUCAUUGUUCAAGAUGUUCUUGAUCUGCGGAUGAACAACUGGAUUCCCAGGCGUGAAGAGAUCAAAGCUAAAACCAUCACAGAGAUACAUGCUGAGGCAGAAAAGAAUCUUGGGCUGCGUCCAGGUGCUGCCGCAAGCAUUAGAAAUAACCGAGGUGUUAUUUCUGCUGCUUCAGGGACUGCUGGCCCUGGGGACUUCCCCAUCAACCGACCUGGCACUGGGGGCAUGAUGCCUGGCAUGCCAGGAGCUAGGAGAAUGCCUGGGAUGCCUGGAAUUGAUAAUGACAAUUGGGGGGCACCUAGAAACCAUUCAAUGCCAAGGGGUGAUGGUCUAAUGCAGCCUGCUGGACGUCUCCAAUCACCAAGUUUUAACAAGUCAAGGUCAGUAAACACGAAGCUGUUACCUCAGGGCAGUGGUGGUUUUAUGAGUGGAAAGAGUAGUGCCCCCUUGCAGGGACGUGGUGGUCCUCCAUCUAGGCCAUCUAACUUUCAUUUUGGUGCAGAGCCUCCUGCUCAAGCCCCUAUACCUAGUAAAACUCUUCCUGCCCCUUAUGUGCCUCCAGUUGCAGAUAGACCAGUUGUUCCAGCUUCCAGGGUGAAUCCUGAUGAACUUAGGAGAAAGACUCUCUCGCUCCUGAAAGAAUAUUUCAGUGUCUUGCUUCUGGAUGAGGCAUUGCAAUGUGUGGAAGAGCUGAAGUCUCCAGCUUACCACCCUGAAGUUGUCAAGGAAGCUAUCUCCAUUGCAUUAGAGGCAAAUCCACCACGAGUUGAACCAGUUUCCAAACUUCUGGAAUAUUUGUUUGCCAAGAAGGUCAUCACAGUGAAAGACAUAGGAACUGGGUGCUUACUAUAUGGUUCUAUGUUGGAUGAUAUUGGCAUUGAUUUGCCAAAGGCACCAUAUAAUUUUGGUGAAAUUACCGGGAAAUUAGUUUUGGUGGGGGGAUUGGACUUCAAAGUGGUAAUAGAGGUCCUUAAGAAGAUGGAGGAUGAUAUGUACCAGAGAGCUGUAUUUGAUGCAGCAACAAGGAUCAUUAGUUCAAGUCCGGAUGGGCAACUUGUAUUAGAUACUCAAGCAUCCGAUAUUAAGGCUUGCCAGAGUUUAUUUUAGUUGCAGUCUUACCAUUGUGAGUACUUCAGCAUCUGUAUCCAACUUUUUGUGCUUACGUUUAGAUCAUGAUGCUCCGCCUACACCAUUUUGAGGCGAGCAACUUGUAAUAUGUGAUAAGGUGGAGCUGCCAAGAACAAUUCAUUGUUUGAGCUGUAUAUUUUUGCCUGAGGUCAUAGUGGGGUGUUAUCGAAGAAAAGAAAUCAAAGCAUAAUGCUGUUGAUUUUGGUCUCGAGCAUGGCUAAACAAGUGCCUUCAGCUCGAGAAGAAUGGCCCUUCAAAAGAUCCAGUUGUUUUGUAUUUGAUUAGUUAUCAAUUUUUGUUCUCCGGACUGAGUAAUUUAGUUUAUUGUUUGAAUUAAUCAGCUCAUAAAUCCUACUUUCUACAUUCACCAAUAACAA